CAGCUGUAGACCCAGGCGCAGAGGGAGAAGAGCCACCGUUUAGUGCCCCCCGCCCUUCGCCCUUCGUGGCCUGGCCACCGGUCGGGGUCUGCGGGGCCUGCGGUGACCCUCGGCGCCAAGCAGCGACACCAUGGCUAUCGCGGCGGCGCCAUCUUCCUUGGUCCUCGGGGUCUCGAGCACGGCCGCGGCCCCCACCUCCUACGGGGUAUUCUGCAAGGGGCUCUCCCGCACCCUGCUCGCCUUCUUCGAGCUAGCCUGGCAGCUGCGCACGAAUUUUCCGUACUUCUACGUCGCGGGCUCGGUGAUCCUCAACAUCCGCUUGCAGGUACAUUUCUAGAGCCCCGGCUACGCUAACGGUCUGCGGGCCAGCGCCAUGGCGCACUCCCAGGAGGCCCGGCUGCGGAGCCGAAAGCAGCUGCGGUUAGGGCCUCCUCCGUCUCGCGAGAGUCCCCCUCUGCGGUGGUGCUCAACGCGCUCAGCCA